UCAAAGGUCACAAGUCACAAACAUGGCUGCCAAAGUCGCAUUUUCUUGCGCUCGGCUGUACUUUUUCGAGAAAAACGUCUCUUUCCUCCUUCAACACACGAGAACUAUAACGCUACUUUCAAAGACAGAUUUGCGGCAUGCAGUAACACUUCAAGCAACCUUCUCGUCUUCUAACAUAGCCUCUAGAACUUGUAUUUUUCGUUGUGAAAGCGGCGCUAAGGUUGCCGGUUUGCUGCCCGGCUUGAGGAGGAGUUACUGUAGUGUGAGUCGCGCGUGUUGGAGCUGCAGCAGACAGACGACAGACUGGUUCUUCUGUCCGUCCUGUCAGGCCGUCCAGCCGCCAGCGGAGCAGGCCACGCUGUUCGACGUCAUGGACUGUGCCAGGAAGUUUGACAUCGACAACAGCAGACUCUCAGCAAAGUACAAGGACCUUCAACGGCUUCUGCACCCUGAUAGAUUCUCACAACAUGGGCAGGUGGAGCAAGACUAUGCCUCAGCCCAGUCAGCCUGGGUGAACAAGGCCUACUGGACUCUACAGAAGCCUCUCAGCAGAGGGCUCUAUAUGCUACAGCUAGCAGGAGAGAGUAUCGAGGAAGGAGAGAAACUGUCAGAACCGCAGCUGCUGAUGGAAGUGAUGGAAGCGAACGAGAGAUUGGGAGAAGCACAGACAGACGAGGAAGUCAGAAGCAUCGCAGAGGAAAACAGAGAAAAGCUGGGCAGACUUUGUAAGGAAUUGUCAGGUGCUUUUGAUGCAGGUGACAUUACUAAAGCCAAGGACAUCUUGACCAGGAUGCAAUACUUCAGUAAUAUCGAGGACAAGGUUAAGGAGAGACUUCCACCAUCUUAGACUGUCAUUCAGGCAAACCUUCAAGGAAAUGCUAGCUAAGGACUGGUUCUGGUUCUCAUUGAUUUUCAACCUUGUUAUGUGUGAAUGAAUGAUGAUCAUUCUGUGUCUUUGUCAGGACAUUCUGAUGUAUGUGAUGUUUAUGCACACAAAAUUAUACAAGCCAAUUAUAUUGCCUGGCAAGUAUAUUGACUUUUCAUUAUACAUGUACCUUGUAGAGUGUAUCAUCAUCAUUAUGUCCGGUGGCUUGCCCAGACCCUAUGUGUAUUAUAAAAAGAUUGUACUCUUUGUCCAAUCAUGAACAGUGUUAAUAUUUAGCACAAUACAAAGUUUCCCAACAAUUACAACAUUGAAAGCCAUCCAUUGUGCAGUUAAGUAUGUGCAGUCCAUUGAAAUCAUUUGUAGUACAUGUAACGUUAUUACAUAAUUGUAAUUCAUUGAAAUUUUAACCAGCUUCUCUUGUUUGCAGUUUUCUACUAAAUUGUAUGAAGCAAAGCAUAUACAACUUUGCUGUCAUUUUCUUGUCCCAUGUCCAGACCGUUGUCAAACUACAAUAAUUUUAACUUAUACAAGUUUUUAUCCAUCCAUGCUGUAUUGUUAUCCAAAUUUUGUGCCUAAUAAAAAAAAUCAUGUUUCAUGUUGAA